UUGCAGGAGGUGUGAUUGUUGCGUUUAUUUACGAAAUAGUAACCAAAACACGUGCAGAUAAGCAUUCGCUUUACAUUUUGCCCGUGUUCAUUUGUAUUGGCUGCGUGAAGUAAAGGCAAAAUUAGCAACUAAACAAAAGUGAAUUAAAAUGCCGGUGGUAGAUACAAAUGCUUUGGUUAAACUCCAGAAGGAUAUCGAACGAGUGCGCAAUAUUUGCAUUUUGGCACAUGUAGAUCAUGGCAAGACAACACUUGCGGAUUCAUUGGUAGCUAGUAAUGGCUUAAUUUCACAACGUUUGGCAGGUAGGCUGCGUUACCUGGACACGCGUCAAGAUGAACAGGAACGCGGUAUUACUAUGAAGAGUAGCAGCAUAUCGCUGUACUACCGUGGCGGUGCGGACCAUCCUGACAAUGAGAAAGAUUAUCUUGUUAAUCUGAUUGAUUCGCCGGGACAUGUUGACUUUUCCAGUGAAGUAUCCACGGCUGUGCGAUUAUGCGACGGCGCCAUUGUAGUGGUCGAUGUAGUUGAAGGUGUCUGUCCACAAACACGCGCAUGCCUAGAACAAGUUUAUAUGGAGCAACUAAAGCCAGUUUUAGUUUUAAACAAAAUCGAUCGCCUCAUAAUGGAAAUGAAACUAAUGCCAAUUGAUGCUUACUUUCAUAUAUCAAAAAUUUUGGAGCAAGUAAAUGCUGUACUUGGUAGCAUAUUUGCCUCCGAUGUGUUGUCGAAAGAAGACAUAACAAAAAAGAAUAACUAUGAAUCGGCAUUGGAAGAGGCCGAUGAUUCAAAUUUAUACCUCUCCCCAGCUGCCGGUAAUGUUAUAUUUUGCUCUGCCUAUGAUGGUUGGGCAUUCUCGGUGUGCGAUUUUGCUAAAAUUUACGCCCAGCGUUUAGAAAUGUCGCAAUCGGACCUUGAACAAGUACUCUGGGGUGACUUUUUCUAUAACGGCAAAAAGAAAUGUGCAGUAGCUGGUGCUCAAGAAAAGGCCAAGAAACCAAUGUUUGUUCAAUUUGUAUUAGACAACAUAUGGACUCUUUAUGAUAUCAUAGCAGUGCGUAAAGACAAGGAAAAACUACCGGAAAUUGCCGAGAAAUUAGGCAUAAAACUGCAGGCGCGGGAUUUACGAAUAAUCGAUCCGAAAGCUCAAAUAAAAACUGUACUUGGUCAGUGGUUGCCCAUCGAUCGCACUGUGUUAGAAAUGGUGGUGCGUCAUGUGCCGCCACCAAAUGUCAUCUCCGAUGAACGUGCAGAACGGUUGCUAUUUCCACGCAAUGUGGAGAUGAAUACCUAUCCCAAAGAAACUCUAUUGCUGAAGGAAGACUUCAAACUAUGCAACGACGAGAGCCCAAAUAUCAUUGUUUUUGUCUCUAAGAUGACGCCUGUACACGUUUCACAACUGCCGCAGAACAAGCCCAAGCGUUUGAAUGAAGAAGAGUUGCAAGCGCGUCGGGAAGAAGUUCGUCGGCGUAUUGGAGAACGCAAGCAGAUUGAUGCAGCUGCCACGGUGGAAAAUCUAAUAAGCGGUGUAGAGAAGCUGAAUGUAGAAGAAACAGCGCAAAUAGAGGUUCAACCAGAUGAAGAUAAGGAUGAUUAUGUUUUUGUUGCCUUUGCGCGCGUCUUUAGUGGUACUCUGAAGCCGGGAAUGCGUUUGUAUAAUUUGGCACCUAAACAUGACCCCAGAAAUAAAAAUCAGCUGAAUUUGGAUUCGCCUUACAUAAGCGAAGUGACGAUUAGUGAUCUGUACUUGUUUAUGGGUGGUGAGUUACAGACACUUGACGAAGUACCCGCUGGUAAUAUUGUGGGAAUUGGCGGUUUGGAUAAGGAUAUCGUAAAGACAGCAACAUUAAGCAGCACUAUCGAUUGUACGUCAUUUAGUGAGUUGAAUGUGAUGGCUACUCCUAUAUUGCGUGUCGCCAUUGAGCCAGUUAAUCCACAAGAUUUGCCCAAACUUGUGAAGGGUCUAAAAUUAUUGAAUCAGGCUGAUGCAUGUGUUCAAGUAUCUGUAGCGCCCACCGGCGAACAUGUCAUCACUACACUAGGUGAGGUGCACGUAGAGAAAUGUGUACGUGAUUUAGAGGAAAGCUAUGCAAAAAUAAAAGUUAAUGUGUCUGAGCCUAUCGUGUCUUUCCGCGAGACAAUAGUGCCUGAAGCCACCGUGGACAUGGUAAAUGAGGUUAUUGUGAAAUCAGCUACAGCCAAAGACGUUAGUAAAAAGAUUAUCACACUCCAAACGGCCAAUAAGUUAAGCACAUUAAGAAUUAUAGCACUGCCACUGCCGCAAAGCACUAUUGAUUUGCUAGAAAAAUACAUUAACCUAUUUAAGGAAUUAGCGGCAAAUGUAAAAGGUGUGACAAUAUCCGAGAAGUAUGUGUCGCUUAUAACGCAAAUAAAAGAGCAACUAGCCACCACCUUAAGUGAGUUCGAUUUAAAAGGCUUAUCGACCCUUACACCAGCGAAGUUAAUCGAUCGAAUCUGGGCGCUCGGUCCGCGCAAUUGUGGCACUAAUAUGCUUUUGAAUUUGAGCGACUACGAGCAUCCGAAUUUCUGGCAGUCACUGACCCACCAAAUCGAUAUAGAGGCUACAACAAAAGCAGCGACUGAUAUACGUCGAGAUAAUAAUAGUUCAUUUGUUAAUGGCUUUCAAUUGGCGACCGCUGCAGGACCACUCUGUGAAGAGCCCAUGCAGGGCGUCGCCUUUGUUGUGCUAGAAUGGUCAUUAGAUGCGGCUGAAGAUCUGAAUUCCAAGUCUUAUGGCCCAUUUUCUGGACAAGUUUUAACUGCAUCAAAGGAGUCGUGUCGCCUGGCAUUCCAGGCCCAACCGCAACGUCUUGUCAGUCCCAUGUAUAGCUGUAACAUUGUGGUGAAUGCUGAGGUUUUAGGUGAGUUCAAAACUGCAUUUUUAUAA